UACCUUCCCCUAACCUAACAUUUCCCAGUUUUUUCACAAAUUUCAAGAAAAUUCUUAGAGAGAGAAAGGAGAGAGAGAGUGGAAUUUUGUUUUGUUUUUGGUGUUGCUAGGUUUUUUUGCAGGUUCUUCAUUUGGGUUUUUCUUAAUUCAACUAACAAACUUUCAAUGGAGGCACACACAGCAGCAAUGAUGACUGGCUCCUCAAAUGUUAUAUAUAUGUCGACUAUUCUGGGUCAGGAUGGACCAAACCCAGGACACAAGUGUGAUUGGAAAUGUCAAAACGAGCAUGUCUGUGGAAAUAUGUACCGAUGCAGACUUACUGGGCAGACUCAUAUCUGUGACAAAAAUUGUAACCAGCGAAUUCUAUAUGGUAAUCACAACUCACUGUGCAGAGUCAGUGGACAGGUUUUCCCACUUACACCUACAGAGCAGCAAGCAGCUAGAGGUGUCCGCAGGAAGUUUGAACCUGAGGCUUGUCCUUCUGAGAGCUGUUCUUUCAAGCGUCGUCGGGAUUCAAACUUACAUCCUUCACCUUUCGAGAGAUCCUUUUCUGCUGUCAGCCCAAUCUGCAGUCAAAUUGGAGAUGGCAUGGACUUGAACUAGAUAACUCAAUAAGCUUAAUGCGCCUUUUUUCUAACUUUUUUUUCCUAGUUCAUUUAACUUUUACAUUAUGGUGAACUAUGUGAGAAUCUUAAUUGCGGAACCCUGUGCGCCCCUUAUGUGUGGCAGAAGAAUUGUUAUUUCUAAAUUUAGUGGUUAUGUAGAAAACUAUAAGACUUCAUCUACUUUGGUGCUCCUAUGUUGUCAAUUUGUCGUAUUCCAUGUUUGCUCCAAAUUUAAUUAGCUAUAAUAUGAUUAGUAUCUCUCUGAUAUCUGGUGUAUCUUGUUGCAGCUUUUGCUAUGAUCCAGACUUUUCUUUUUAUCUCUUGCCUACUUGGUUGGGAAUGUCUCAGAAAUCUUUGUUUGUAACGAUUGUUAUAAUGCUAUUGCUUGCAGCUUGUAGACACUUCCUUCUGUUUUUAGUUGUAAGUUGUAACUGGACUGAGCAGUUUCCAUUUCUUGAUCCCUGCUUCCCUCCCUGCCCCAACCCCAAACCAAAAAUUAAAAGCAAAGAAUUGGGGAACAAAGGGAGAAGGAGCAACAUAGAUACAUCCGACUUCCAUUAUAAUUUGUUGUUUGUGGAUUUGACAUGUGUGCUCUUUUUUGGUGUUAUUUUGCAGGUUACAAACUUUUUCUAGUCAGGGAGUUAUAAUCUGCUUAUGUGUACUACAUGAUUUCUUGAGUAUAAUUUCUAUACAAGGAAGUUACUAAUAAAUUUUCCUUCAUUGCCUUUCCAGGAAUGCAGAAAUAUGGCUAUAUGUGGGGUUUCAUGAAGGUGUCUUAAAUCAACUGGACGAUCUGCAAGUGUCAGCUGAUGGGCUAUUAAAUCUCUGCUUUGAGAAUUGAAUCAACAAGAUGAAUUUUUUGGAAGACAUCUUGUGGUAUUCAUAUCUGUCCUGGUAUAGGUCUUGAGAGGAUCUAUGCUUCUCAUCUAUUGAAUAUCAUGACAUAAUUCUCCAGUGCUUCCGGAAGUUGAUUGCUGAUUUCAGAUAAGGUUACAGUAUCAGCCUUUGUUUUUUAUUUGGCUCAUCACUUCCCAUCCAUUUGAGAUUCAUGUACUCUUGCCCUACUACCAACCAGUAGUUUGAAUGCUGCAAGAGUUGCUUCUUUGCAGCUUCGAAUCCCUAAUCCCUGCAGUUUUUUCUUGUAGGCAGUUGUAUUCUCUGAAGGCACGAUGAACAAGUAGUUGACAUGCUUCAAUUUGCAAUCUUUUUCACAGAACUACUGUCUUUGAACUUCCUGAAGUCCUGUACAGCCAGUACAGGAAAGAGUUAUAUUCUCUGAAGGCUUGAAUAUGUUGGAUGAAGAGAGCAGUCCUUCAGUAUUUCUGAUAAGUUUUAGCAAGAUGUAUAAAAAGUUUAGUUUGUAAGAGAUGCCAAAGCUUUUUUUUUUUUUUUUUUCUUUUUCCGGGUGAGUUUAGGGUAUGAGCAUUGUGUAUUAAUAAUUGAUAUAAUGUAAUUAGUGAUAAUCGAAUCUUGUAUGACAUAAAGAAUUGUUUUCAAUACAGUUCUUGCCACCAGAAUUUCAGGCAGAUGAAAAAACUGUGGUAUGUUGCUA